AUCGCUAUGUAAUUCUUGGUAAUCAUCAUGAUGCCUGGGUAUUUGGAGCAUUAGAUCCAUCAAGUGGUACAGCAUGUUUGCUGGAAAUAGCAAGGGUAUUCAAAGUACUUGUAGAUCAACAUGGCUGGAAACCAAGACGUUCUAUCGUAUUUUGUAGCUGGGGUGCUGAGGAGUAUGGUUUAAUUGGUUCCACAGAAUGGGUUGAGGAAAACAUGAAGAGUCUUUCUAGUAAAGCUGUUGUUUAUUUAAAUGUUGAUAUAUCAGUGCAAGGUAACUAUGUAUUUCGAGCCAAGUCAUCUCCAACAUUGUAUCAAGUUAUCUAUGAUGUUGCUAAGAAGAUUCCUGAUCCCAAUGGUGGCUCCCUCUAUGAUAUUUGGUUGAAAAGAAAUCCAAUGAAAGAAGAAUCACUUCCAUAUAUUGGUAAUCUUGGCUCUGGUAGUGACUAUGCUCCCUUCAUGGUAACAGCUGGCAUAUCGUCUUUGGAUAUCCGAUAUACUUACGAUUCUGCGACCAACUUAUCAAGUUAUCCUUUGUACCACUCUAUGUAUGAAACUUCCAUUUAGUAAAAGAACAUCUGGACCCUGAAUUCCUUUAUCAUGAUGUGGUGACAAAGUUUUGGGCUGAGAUGGGAAGGACAUUCUCAGAUUCUUUGAUAUUACCAUUUAACUGUGAAGACUACGGAACUAAGAUGACAUCGUCAAUGAAUUCUAUUAAAGAAGCAUAUGAAGACUUAAUGAAUGAUGAAGGCAUAUAUUUUGGUAUGUUUUG